AAGGGCCUCCUCAAUCUCCCUCCAAGAAAUGGGCAAAAGGAGCGGACACGGCUAUUUUUCGCGCGAAAGGCCGUUCCCCGAUGGCUCACAAACUCCUCUCCUCCACACGAUUCCACUGCUCUGCAACUCUGAUAACCGGCCGUUGACCUCCAAACGCCUCUCUUAAAUGAGAGCCUCUUUCACUCCUCUCGUCCGUCCGGUGGAUCUCUCGCUGUUCCCUGGAGAAGUGGCCGGGUAGGAGUGGGGAGAAACAUGGUUCUUUCGGAGCAAGACCGUUCUGAUCUUGGUUUCAAUACGACAACCACUUCAAUCAUUCGGUUUUCUUCAGAUUUUUCUCCAGAUUCUCGAGGCACAUUUAGAGAGUAUGAGUGGACAGAUUAUUGCCCUGAAGUUUUCAGGAAACUUCAAGAAUUUGAGAAGAUCAAUGCAGGUGACUACCUACAAUCAGUACAUGGUGGUGAAACCAUAAAGCUACUUUUUCCACAAAAGAAAAAUAGUUCUCGUCUUUUCUUAUCCCAUGAUGAUAAGUUCAUUUUCAAGACCUUGAGCAAACCUGAGAUGAAGGUAAUCUUAGAGAUGCUACCAAAUUACUAUCACCAUGUACAGAAGUACAGAAACACUUUGUUAACAAAAUUUUUUGGACUUCAUGUUGUAAAGCCAUCAAACGGGCAAAAGAUUCGAUUUAUCGUAAUGGGAAAUAUUCUUCUAUCUGAUGUAAGCAUUCACAAGACUUUUAAUCUGAGAGGCUCAUCACAGAACCGCUUCAUAAACAAAACAGGAGCUGAGGAAGAUCUACGUUUUGCCUUCCAUCUCCAUACACCAACACGAAAUCAGUUACUAGAGCAAAUCAAGCAUGACUGCAACUUUCUAGAAAAUGAAGGCAUCAUGGAUUACACACUGUUGCUAGGAAUGCAUGUCUGUCCUGCACCUUUUGAUUCAGUUAUUAAAGAUCGCAAUCCUUCAGCACAUGUAGCAGGGUCGGAUGAUAGAAAGAGCUCUCCUCCAGACUGCCCGAAGUUGUCACAGAGUGAUGCAGACACAGAUUCUGUUUCUGUCACCGAUUCAGUCUCGUCCUGCCAGACAGAGCCUGACGUUAAAUUUGGUGUGAAAAUGCAAGCACGUGUGGUUGACAUUCGAAGAAGAGAAGGCUGGACUGCAGCGCCAGUUCGAGCUGCAGGGAAGGAGCAAAACAACAAAGUUUUCUUAUACUUCGGAAUUGUGGAUAUCCUUCAAGGAUAUGGCAUGCUCAAACGCGUGGAGAAUGCCUUCAAAUAUCUCCAGUAUGACUCCCCGUCAACAUCGGCAAUGAAUCCCAAGGCUUAUUCAGCUCGUUUUCAGGACCUCAUCUGCUCAGUUUUUCCAGAAAAUAAUUAUUAGGUAAUUUUUAAGGAUCCAACUUGCAUAGUUCUGAUUGAUGAGGAUGUGCCGAAUGAUGAUUCUCACUUCAAGCCGACAGCUUUCAGUGUAAGAUACUAUUUUAUGGACAUAUGUAUAAGAACAAAUGGUCUACUACCUAGAACAAUGAAAUGUCCAUCGGAAAAAUUACUAGUAGCAUAAAUUACUUCCAGGCUGAAGCUCUUCUCUUUGUAUAUUGAGAAUAAGUUUUAGAACCAGCGGCUGUGAUCAACUGAUGAUGGAUUUUCAGCAAAUGUGUAACUUGAUAGU